AUGGCCACCUCAACCAUCGUUGGUAAACAGGAUGUCCCAUCAGAGACCCACCGAGAAACCAGCAUUACCGAAGUUGAGGAAUCGUCAUCUGCGCGAAGCUCUUCGGACUCUGAGCCGCCGCCAUACGAAGAGGCAUUGAUCAAGAAACAGCAAGCUCUGGCCUUUGCAAGCUCAGCCAACAUCAACGAUGCUAAAAGGAUCAUCGCCAUUCCCGCUACCAACGCAGACGUGGGAUCUGCAUUUUUACGAGCCUAUCCAUCUGCUCUCGCUAACUCGAGCAUUUCGAAAGCCGAAUUUCUGGAGUUUGUGGAUCAGCUCAACCGUAACAUUGUACAAAGCCCACCGCUGCGCGUCCUUGGGGCUGCUUCAGACAUUGUUGGAUUCGUGCCUGAACCCACGGCCCAGAUUGUUUCUGCGGCUGCUGGCGUCAGUGCUAUGGUUGGAACUUAUGCUAUGUCAAAGAUUCGAUCUGAGGUCGUCAUUCGUCAGGCAAAUAAGGAAAUCUUCAACCCCAAAGGCCUGGAAGUGCAGAUUGUCAAGUUGAAGACUGUCGCUAAACUCACCAACAUGCCGAUAUUGAACGAAAAGGGAGACGUGGACAAGAAGUCGCCUGUUCUGGAGUCUCUCCAAUCUCUCGCAGAGGCCAACGAGCUCAAGACUAUUAGUGCACAGGAACGCCGUCUGAGAGCUCUUGACGCAUGGAUUUCUCCUCUUGAAAUUGAGGAGCUCCCGCCAGUUGCCAACCCAUCCAACGUACUGAGCAAGGUGGAUGUAUACAUUAGCGAGGCUGAACGAAAGUCUGCAGAGAAGUCUAUGCUCAAGAAGAGAAUCAGAGUGAAUAAGAGACACGAUAAGGCUACCCAGAAAGCGCUCGAGAAGUACGAGAGCUCCAUGGAGCGUUACAAUGAGAAGGAGAAGAGCGUUGAUGUUAACGACCGCCGCGCAAGCAGAGAUCUAGAACGCAUUGAAGAGCGCCGACAGAGGGCACAACAAAAGUACGAAAAAGAGAUGGAAAAGGCAGAGAAAGAUUACCAAAAGAAAGAUAGAGAGGAGAGGAGCCUUAGAAGAAUAAGCUUCCUUGUAGUUGUCCCCAAAGGCAAGGAUAACUGA